CCAUUACUUUUUCCUUUUUCUCAAUUAUGUCCAGGAAGAUGGCUCUUUGGGUCUCCAGAGGCUUCUGGACAGCAGCUGUGAUGAUCAUGGUGGUACUGAGGAUCCCAGUAACUGAGGGCAAAGACUCUCCGCAGGAUUUCGUGCUCCAGGUUAAGGCCGAGUGCUGCUGUUUCACCAACGGGACGGAGCGGGUGCGGCUCCUGAGCAGACAGAUCUAUAACCGGGAGGAGGUCGCGCGCUUCGACAGCGGCGUGGGGCAGUUCCUGGCGGUGACCGAGCUGGGGCGGCCGUUCGCCGAGUCCUGGAACCGGCAGAAGGACAUCAUGGAGCGGAGGCGGGCCGAGGUGGACUCGGUGUGCAGACACAACUACCAGGCUGAGGAGAGAGCCAGCCUGCAGCGGCGAGUGGAACCUGCAGUGACUAUUUUCCCAUCCAGGAUGGAGGUUCUGAACCACCGCAAUCUGCUGGUCUGCUCAGUGACAGAUUUCUAUCCUGGCCAGAUCAAAGUUCAGUGGUUUCGGAAUGACCAGGCAGAGACAGUUGGCAUCGUGUCCACUCCACUUAUUAGGAAUGGGGAGUGGACCUUCCAGAUCCUUGUGAAGCUGGAAAUGACUCUCCAGCAAAGAGAUGUCUACACCUGCCAAGUGGAACACUCCAGCCUCCAAAGCCCCAUCACAGUGGAGUGGAGGGUACAGUCUGAAUCUACCCAGAGGAGGAUGCUGAGUGGCAUCGGAGGCUUCGUGCUGGGGCUGAUCUUCCUCGGGCUGGGCCUUAUCAUCCAUUGCAGGAACCAGAAAGGACCUCAUGGGCCCCCACGAGGCUCCUGCGCUGAUGCCUGAGGAUACCUGGGAGUCUGUCUUCUGUAAUGCCUGCCUGUCCUUGCCCAGAAUUCCCAGCUGCCUGACAGCCUGUCACAUAGGUCAGUUCUACAGUGAUUCUGACACAAGCUCCAGGUCACCUCUUGUGACCCCUCUGCCCCGAGGAUCUGGUUAUGAGUCUGCUUCCUGUAUUGGCCUCGGAGCCUCUACUUAUGUGCUCCCUACCAGCAGCAUCUACUCAGCCCUUAAGGAUUUCUUCACUGAUUGUGCAGGAGAAGCACAUUGAAGACAUUUAUCUGUAUAUAGAGAUUUUAUCAUAAUUAAACAUGA